GAUUUACAGAGACAAAACGUAGAAUGCAAAUGCCUGGAAAAAUUUCGCAUGUUUGGCUUUUUCUCUUUAGCAAGCAUAAAGACAAAGGAAUUUAAGACUUGCUGGGUAUAUUCUUGGGUUAAAGGGGCUCUUAUUGCGUUCUUUCUUCUAUUUACUUCAUUUUUUUUGUUUCAUUUGGGUCCGCGGGUUACAUUUGACGAAACCCAUCAUUUUGUUUUAGGCUAAUAAAUCACAAUACGUGCGUGUAUCGUGUACGUGAGCUUCUGGGGCUGUUUUUAAUUUAUUGAUUGGAGAUAUUUUGUAUGUUCUUUUGUCCCUAAUUGUUCAUUGUUGCAUCUCUUUUUCAGGCCUACAAGAAUUGGUCAAUUUGUUCCAGAUUUUAUUUAAAAGUUCAACCUCGUUUUUUGGGUUACAACUUACUCAACAAAUUUUGAACAGGUUUUUUUUUGGGGUUCUUCAUACGAGACUACAUCGGUUGGUUUCUUGUGUUGUCAUUACUGGUAUUUUAUUUUUGCUUCUGUUUCACUGUUUAAUAUGUCGUUGGCAAUGCUGAAUGGUUCAGUGAACCUUGCUGUAAAGCAUUCCCUUGACGAUCUCUUGGGUAAUCCAGUUCGCUUUCGUGCGGCGUCUGUCAAUACUAGCUCUACACCUGAAACUCCCUAUGUCCCUUUAAAUGCACCCAAGAACAAAAAGACAGGAGAUUCUUCAGGUUCUAAGCAUUCUGAACAAGGUUUAACAUCUAGCAAGCCCUCUUCCGCUAGUGUUCCUUCCGCUGAGCGUAAAAAACCUUCUGGUACCCGGGGUGAAGGUGCGGAUGAUUUUGUUGACGAAGACCCGUCUUUCAUUCCUCCUGCUCGCAUUCUAUAUCCAGAGGAGAAAGUCGCUUUAGAUUGGCAAUCAAUUCUCCAAAAUGCGCCUGGUUUAGUCAAUUUGGGCAAUACUUGCUUUAUGAAUUCUGUCUUACAAUUAAUGACCCAUACCCCUCCUUUGGCACAAUACUUACUUUCUGUUCAGCAUUCCAUUGCUUGCCGAUUAAAUUCUUGUGUCUUAUGUAAAAUGGAACAGCAAGUUGCUCGCGCCUUUCCUAAUAAAGGUGCGAAGCGCGGUUCUGCGUUUAAACCAUCAGGCAUCCAGGGUAUGCUGAAAGUGAUAGCAAGUCAUUUUCGUCCAUACCGCCAGGAAGACGCACACGAAUUUAUGCGUUGUUUGGUAGAUGCUUGGCAGAAGUCUUGUCUUCAAAAUUAUAAGAAUCUAGAUCAUCCCAGUCGGGAAACCUCCGUCGUGCAUCGUAUUUUUGGUGGUUACCUACGCCAGCAAAUACUCUGUUCUGUUUGCAAAAAGCCUUCCAACACUUAUCAAGCAUUGCUUGAUUUAUCCAUAGAAGCAAAAGACUCAUCUAUGCUGGAUUGCUUAAAGCAUUUUGUCCAAGCUGAAAAAUUAGUUAAACAAAAUCGCUAUCGCUGUAGUAAUUGCAAAAAGCUAGUGGACGCGACAAAAACCAUGACUGUUUAUCGGGCUCCCAAUAUUCUUACUAUUCAUUUCAAGCGUUUUACCUUCAAUGGAUAUAGUUCUAGCAAAAUUGGUAAGCACAUUAACUAUCCUGAACGAUUCGAUCUUGCUCCUUACAUGUCGGAUCCUUCACGCUCUUGUCGUUAUGAAUUGAUUGGCGUCCUAGUCCACGCUGGUGGAAGUACUCGAAGUGGUCAUUAUUAUUCUUUCUGCAAAAGUAGUAAUGGUAUGUGGCUUAAGUUUGACGAUGAAUUCGUUUCAAACUCUAGCAUCGACCGUGUAUUGAACCAACAGGCCUAUAUUUUGCAAUACAAACGUAUUCCUGGAUCUUCUUCCGGUAAGAGAAAAACUAGUGAUACAGGCGUCUCUACACAAUCCAAUAGUCAGAAAAAGAAGAAGAAAAAGAGUGUUUCUUUUUAAGAUAUACAAAAACUAUCGAUUCUUUCAUUCAUUCUUUAAUUUAUAUUUAAUUCCUUUGUUUCUUAAUGUAUUUCACGUUGUUUUAUUUGUCUUUAACAGUCUAGCUUCUGACGAACUUAGCAUAUUGACAAUGUAUUCUUUCUUUCGUACAAUUUUAGCAUCAUGAGCAGACUCUUU